AUGAGCAUUUCUGAGAAGGACUCCUAUCCUCGUUUCACCAAGAACAGUGACACACCGAUUGGAAAGAGUUCAAUCCCGUCUCGGCUCGAUGAAAUUCAGGAUAAUCGUAGGCUUAAUCGAAUAGAUAAGGUGAAAAGGAUCGUAAGAAAAGCGGAAUGGCCGACUCGACACGAAGUUCGGCGAGAGUUGUGGCGCGUUCUCUGUCAUAGUAAGGAUUACGAUAGUAGCAAAGCUUUAUAUCGUUCCGAACUCGAAGAGACUGCUAGGAAUGGAACGAAAGCGCACCAACCUCAGUUUCUUUGCGAGGAAGGCGUAGUGGUGAACAACUUUGAUUUGAACGAGCAAGGAGCAGUCCGAUUGCUCCGCCUGCUCACAGUAAUUGAACAGUUACGUCCUGAAAUUAGUUCUGCACCAAUGCUUUAUCCGUUAUGUGCUCUCAUGCUUCACUACUUAGAAGACGACGACGUCUUUGCAUGUGUGCAGCAUCUACUUGUUUCUAAGGGUUAUUUAAUGACCUCACCUGUACAGUGGUCUGCUUCAUCCUACACUAUUUUAUCGCUUCUAAAAAAGCACAAACCACAUGCAUACGCAAUGUUGAAACGGGAAAUUGGCACCACCGAUGAUUCAAUAUUGGUUAAAGCGGUGCGUGAAUCUGAACUCCGAGAUUGGCUUUCAUGGAUUUUCAAUGGACUUCCGUUAAAUCAUGUUGUACGAAUCGUAGAUUGUUAUUUGGUAGAGGGUCAUAAAUUUGUCACCAGAGCAGCAAUUGCUAUAAUUUACAUGUGGGCAAAGUCAUUAAAGAAUCGUCCACAUGAAGAAAUGCAUGGCAAAUCUCAAGAAGAGCGAAUAGAAGCUGUUAAAAUGGAGUUGGCGAAUACAGCACAGCAGAUACAGAUCUCUGCGGAAAGCUUUAUUCAAACAGCGACCCGUAUCAGAAACUUACAAAGCUCAACAAUAACGCGACUUCAAGUGCAGUUUGAGAAUAAGUUACGUGAAGAAGUCAGUCGGCGGCAGUCGCAGAAACGAGGUUUGCCAAGGAGAACUGGUCAUUUAUACACUCAGCCGUUUUCCUCAGCAAUAGUUGAUCAAGAUGUCGAAAAACCAGCACAGAUUGAUGUCUCUGAAUUUAAUAAAGAGCUUUUCGACGAACAUAUUUACGCCGUUAACGUUUUUUUCUUUUCAAUAGAGGCUGCUGCUGAAAUCAUGUCAGCGCUACCCCCUCGUCUCCAGCUGGAGACACCAAAGCUAUUGUUCCGAUUGAGCAAUGAUGGUGCAAGUUUUACUCAUCUAUGGAGCAAGAUAGAUUGUGCAGAACAGUCGCUAAUACUGAUAAGAACCACGAAGAGUGAGAAAUUCGGCGCAUAUUGUAGUUCCUCAUGGGCAGAAAGGAAUGAUCGUCGUGAGCGCUCCAAGUCGAAGUAUUUUGGCACAGGAGAAUCCUUCAUCUGGGUGCUCGAUAGAGAGCUUGGACUUCCAAUAAUAUAUGGAUGGGUAGGAAAUAACAAUGAGAAUGCCGACGCUUCUCCCCAGAUGUUUAUGGCAGCUGGUGACAAAUUAUUGGUGAUUGGUUCCGGUGAUGGCGAUGCUAUACGUAUUUCUGAAGAACUAACGCAUGGUAUGUCCUCAGCAUGUCGCACUUUUGGAAGCCCUGCUCUGGUCUGGGUGAUGAGCACCCCUACGAUUCAGAAUCGCUUCUAUGAUCUAGUUCAUUUCGUUUUUCCGAGAAAUUGCUUCGAAGAGUUGAUUAUUAACUUUAACAUAUUUCAUCCAACAUGUCCACAAAUAGUGUUAAGUCGCGUGCUUGGAAUCGGCAUCACAUUCGCUUCAGCGAUUCUCUUCGUACCGCAGAUUCUUAAGAUAUUCAAUGCAAAAAACGCUAAGGGAAUUUCAAUCAUUUCGCAACUUCUCGCAUUUAUGGCAGCCGCAGGGACUGCUUCAUACAGUUUCAAUCAGGGUUUUGUUUUCAGUCAAUAUGGUGACUCAUUCUUCAUAGCUCUUCAACUGAUGAUAAUUGUUAUGCAAAUAUUGUACUAUUCGGACUCUAGUGCAUAUGCUUUCGCGUUUUUUGCUUUCUGCUGGGCUUCUGUUUUUGCCGUGAUCGGAAACUACGUUCCAACACAAAUCCUCACUGCACUGCAAGCGUUGGCCAUCCCGAUUGUAGUGGCAUCUAAAUCGAUUCAAAUUUUGCAAAACUACAAGGAUCGAAGCACAGGUCAAUUAUCACUCGUUUCGUCGUCGUUGCAAUUGGCAGGUACAAUUGCUCGAGUGUUCACAUCCGUACAGGAGACUGGUGAUAAUCUACUGAUCAUUGCGUAUACACUCUCUGCUGUUCUCAAUGCAGUUCUGUUUGUACAGUUCUUUCUGUACUGGAAUGAUGCAAAGCGUAAGAAAGUGCAUUAG